UUUUACCUUACGCUUCUUGGUGAGAAAGCAAGUGAGAGAGUACGUUCAGCUGCUGUUCCCUAUGUGCGACCAAUAUCGUCAGGUCAACAGAGUUUUGGUACAACACCAAGUGAAUAUCCUUUGACUAAACCUAUGACGAAAACCACAGCAAAAUUACAGGUAAACUUAGCCAGUUAGCCUUGACUUGCCUAAAUGUGAGAACCGUCCUCUGAGAUAUGAAACAGAUAGUUUGUUUCAAUACACGCUUCCGGAAAGUACACCUCAGCCAUGGAGCAAACUAACACCACAUAUGCACGAAAACGAGACUCUGCGGCCAAGGUGACGUAUUUUCCGAACGGUUGUAUUCUAUUUCAUAAUGUUUAAAUAUUGGGAUCCGGUGUGGGUACUGUAUCCACUUCUAUAGUUCAAACCUGGCAAAGAAAACAUAACAAGUUUUCGUUUCUUUCACGUCUGGUUAUUCCGGAUCCAGCUAUUCUUGGUAGAGCACUUCCAUCGACAUAAGUAUGGUCGUUAAUUAUCUUAUAGAGUAAGACCAUGCAAGUCCAAAUAUUCGUGCCAAUAAGUUAUUGGUAGUAAUUAACAAGUUGAUCAUGUAAUCUUGUUAUGUACGAUACAUUGGUGCAUGAUAAAACCAAGAUUUAAGAUGUACGUGGUUGCUCUUCUCAAAGGUAUAAAUGCAUGUGUACCUGUAUAUUUAUAUUUAUAGGCUUCUGGUGAGGCUCAGUACACAGACGAUAUACUCAAGCAAGAAGGAGAACUCUACGGUGCAUUUGUCACGACAACACAG